UCCAGUUCUAGGACCGGUUCCGAGAAUAUUCAGGAAGUAGUCGAUCCUCAGUAGUUUAACUGAAUUACGUAACCAUAUAAUCCCAAAAAACCCGCAAACUAGUUUUAUUUUCUAGAUUGUUCCGCCCGCAUCUCCCUGGCAGUUCCUGGUACGGGCAGUGCGGGCUCAAAGGAACUCGUGCAAAUUGCGUAUUUUCUUGAAAGAACUCAAAAUGGCCUCCCAGUGAAUUAUUAGCGAACCGAAACACGAUUUUAAAGCAAGUUUUCUUCACGGAAGUUGAUGACUCGACAGUUUAUUGUACCUUUAAUGAAAACUGGGUUAUCGUUUUAUGUUCUAGCAACAUUUUUGGCGCUGUAGAUACGAGUUUUGGCCUGAAACUUUUUGUUGAUAUUGAGGUACCGAUUAAUGACUGUGAAUGGGUGCAUUCCUUGACAAACCGAAGAUAGAAAAGCGAACGAACGCUGGCAGGGGCAAUGGGUUGCGAUUUGCGACCUCGGCAAUGCAGGGUUGGCGAGUUGAGAUGGAGGACGCCGAUUCUGCGAGAAUAGGAUUACCGAACGGCUUCGAUUCUUGGUCGUUUUUCGGAGUUUUUGACGGACAUGCUGGAGCUUAUGUCAGCAAAUACUGCUCCGAACAUCUUCUUGAUGCGAUCGUUUCGAACGAGAACUUUGCGAAGGCGGGUGAAAAAUCGCAAGCCAACGGCAAACAACUGUCUGACGAGUACACGGAGCUUGCUAAGGAGGCAGUACGGGCAUCCUUCAUCGAUUUAGACAAGAACAUACGAAACAUUAUAGACGAAGGGGAGAAAAGCGGUUCGACUGCCGUUGUCGUGCUUGUGUCCCCAUCGCAUGUGUACUUUGGCAAUUGUGGCGACUCGCGGGCAAUAUAUUGUCGAGAUGCAAGGCAGGCGUUUGCAACAGCCGAUCAUAAACCAGUCAACCCCGAAGAGAAAAGCAGAAUCGAAAAAGCUGGGGGGAGCGUGAUGAUUCAACGCAUAAAUGGCUCGCUGGCAGUUUCGCGUGCUCUUGGCGACUUUGAAUACAAAAUGGAGCCGCAGUUGUCGGCAACCGAGCAGCUUGUUUCGCCCGAGCCCGAAGUGUCUUGUUUAAGACGAGAAAACGGCGAUGAAUUCUUACUUUUGGCUUGCGAUGGAGUUUGGGAUGUUAUGACUAACGAUGAAGUGAUUGGGUUUAUACGAGCGAAAAUGUUGAUUUCUGAUGAUCUAGUUUUUGUUUGUAAUGAGCUCAUGGAUACGUGUCUCGCAAAAGUAAGAGAUUUGCAUUUUUUUAAUCUAAAACUAUUCAAUUCCCCUCUAAUUUUACACACCUAAACCCGGUUUACGUUUUGAAUAUUAGAACUUCGAGAGCAAAUAAUCGUGAAUUUCAAACGUUUGUCAAUUUCAUGAUAUUAUAUUUCACGGCUAUAUUUUUGAUAAGGGCCACUUGCCUUGCUAAAAAAUAUGUAAAACUUUAUCCCUCAUAAUAAAACAUUAUCUUUUUCGAUUAAUUUAUGCGAUUGUUUUAAUAUUAUUUUGCUGUUUGCUUCAAGGAAGCCAUUUACUGCAAGUUUGCGUCGAUUUCAUGAGAACGUUGUCGAUUUCACGACUUUCGUUUUGUGCACAUUUCGAGGAAAAGCAGCACGCGUUUCCCGUUGCAAAUGACAUCAAACUAAGCUCAUGUGAUUUGUCUGGGGUUUCAGUUGAAAUGUGGUUCUCGUAUUUCUUAGCGUUUCCUGAGAAAUUCUGUAAUAGUAUCGAGGAAGUAAAGUUAUUCAUCAAUUUUGUCAAAAUGUGCUGCAAUGCUGUGUCGCAAUGAUAUUGAAUAGUUGAUGUCAGUUUCACCUGUUUGCACUAUUUAUAGACGUGGAUAAUUUCCUAUGUUGACUUUAUUGUCAGAUUGUAGGUUUCAUUACAUAUUAUUUAAGUUUGAUGAAGUUUGUGGAUUUCUCAUUUAUUGCAUAAUAUGCUUUCUUUGUCUAAUUCUGGCAAUGAGUCAUGCAGAUGAGGCCCUUUUAAUGUCCGUUUACAUGCAGCAAUUUGUCUAGUUUUCCUGAAUUUUAAUGACAAAUAUUUUCAGGUGAUGAGGCCAUCAGAUGAGAUUUGUCACCUAUACCUAGCUAAACAUCUUGACACUUAGAUAAAGUUUAUAUAUGUAUGUAUGCAUCUAAAAUUGGCUCGACAAAUUGCAAAAUGAUUUCAGAUGCAGGUUAAUGAUAUCUGACAAAUAUGUGUCAAACCUCAUCUGACAACCUCGCAUGUCACCUUGCCAACUACACAUAUUUCUCACUAACAUUCACCAAAACCUAAAAUCAGCUGAACAAACUGUGACAUGCCAGAGCUCCGAGGUUUUUUGGUCAGCCAGAGUUGCGAUGCUUUCUCCCAGCUCUGGCUUGGACCGUCCGAAUGACAAGAAAUGUGGCAAUUUCAUAGAAUUAGUAUUGGUUACAAAUAAUGGCAACAUUGAAUUCGCUGAAAGUAUACAUAUACAUCUGACCAAUCAUGUCUACUUCUUUCAGGGAAGCCGAGACAACAUGAGCGUUAUACUAGUUGCAUUUUCCAAUGCACCGACGCCUUGUACAACAGCCAUUGAAAAGGUAAGUCAUCAGUGUUCGUUAGUAUUUAUAAUGUCUAUGUAAAAAUCUCUUAAAGAUCCCGUUAAAAGAAGCUUUAAUUUGUACAUGAUUUUACUAGGCAGCUGCGAUAUUGAAAAAAAUCAAUAUAUCGAUAUCGAAAAAAAUUAUCGAUAAUGUCGACUAUAUUGAAUUAUGCAAAUGAGAAAACGUAAUUUAGUUUUCAGAAACACAAACAGUUAAAAAGAAGUGUGUGUUAUUUUGAUACCUCGUUUUUAAACGUGCGUCAAUAUGCUUUUCUCUGUUUUCUCUUCUCACACACUCAAUUUAUCUACCAUUUUGGGCGGUGCUGCCCCUAACUAUUAAAUAUGAGAUGUAAGCACUGUAAAACACAAAUUUUAUAAGUAUAUGUAGUUGUGUGUAUAAUGGUAAUUUGACAUUCAGAACUUUGAAAUGACACUUUUCACUUUGUUUUAUUUGUCUGUAUUAGUUGACGAGGGAAGAUAUAGUAGUACCUCAAAAAUGGGGGACAUCUGCCUUUGUGACAAAAGCUAAUUGCACUUUAUAUUUGAAUAAUUCCCAAACUUUAGCUGCUAACAGUUUCAAGCUAUUCCCAACAAACCAAAAAAUAAGGAAAUCUUAAUGUUAAAAAACAUUAAAUCUUAAUGUUAAUAAACAUUAAAAUAUGUAUAAAUUACAGACCACCUCUCUUAGGCAGACACUCCUUUUGAGCCAACAAAUAGUUCCACUCCCAGUGUUAGUAAAAUGCUCUCAUUAAUUAAAACCUGUAUUAGGCAGACACAUCUGGGAGGUCCCAUAUAUUUUUCACUUUCAAUUUGUGGGGAAAAUUAUUAUAAUAAUGUAUAAUUAAUGACAUUCAAUUUCAUUUAUUGGAAAUUUACAUUUCUUUUUUUUUUUCAAUUUAAAAAUUACAGGAAAAGGAGUUAAACAAACAUUUAGAAGAGCUUGUCAAAGGUACUGAGAUAUAUCAAACAUUUAUACAAUACAUUGAUUAAGCCAUAUAUGGUUUCUCUGUUGGGCUUCCUUGCCACUGGCUUACAUAUUAUAUAUCUCUAUAAAAUCUUAUUUUUUUGUACUACGAAUAUGUGAAUGUAUGUGCAGUGUAUAUAUGUAUGCUGGUAGUGAAUCAAAUAAAUAUCAACUGCUAUUACCGGUACGCCUUAAAAAGUUGUUUGGUUCCAGUCUCCCAACUGAUCCUACAUCUUGUGACACCCAACCCUGUUUUAUAACUUUUUUCUCGCAAAAAUUUGAAAAUCAUUUUCACAUGCUAGUAUUCAUACAAAGCAGGAGAGUCUCAAAAUCCUCUCGUAGUUUGGGAAACUGAUUUAGGGAUUGAGACAGAAUUCUGACACCUACAGAAAGAUCUGUCAAAACUGGCUGUGAUAUAUGUUAGAAUUUCUCUAAUUGUGGGAAAACAAACUCCGGAAAGAGACGUUUGUCUGAUGUUAGAAAGAGUAAAAUAAUAUAAGAGGAUGCACAAUGGAUGUCAUGAUUCUGGUGUCUUGAACAGACUAUUUUGUUGUUUAGAUAUUUCAUCCAAAUGUGAUCCUGAAGAACUUGAUUUAACGCACGUCAUGCAGACAUUGGCCAAUGAAAAUAUUGAUGGACUCCCUCCCGGUGGCGGACUGUCAUCAAAGUAAGUCAUUUGAACAUUCUGGAGAGAGUAGGCUGUUGUGGUUGUGAAAAAAUACCUAUAUGGAAAUAAAUGUACAAGUAAUGUAUGUAGAUAUAAUGGUAGUGACUUUUUUAUCACUCCAGAAAAUUGCCAUAUUUUUAACCUAAUUUUUGGAAAGUAUGCAAACAAACAGUAACUCUCCAGAACUUAAAUGUUGUUCACACUACAGCAUUACGUAGGUGUUGUCGUCAACAUUUGCGGACAUUAAAUGAAACAAAGUUUUGAUGCAUUCACAAAGUAGUACAUUUCUUUUUGAAUGAAAACUUAUGCCACUUUAUUUUACAUUAAAAUAAGGAAUUUUAUCUUCUUUUGUUGUUUAUUUAUUUGUUUAGCUUUGCCAACUAGGGCAGGAUUACCGCAACAGCAUAUGCCAAUUACUGUGGGCCCUUUUGCCUAACCCUCCCUGUCGACUUACCCUCCCUGUCGACUUACCCUGGGGGGGAUACCGGAGUACCCGGAGAGAACCCACGACUUUCGGCAGAGCGUUGACCCUUCGCUCUUUUCGCAUGAGGGCUGGGUUUGAGUCGCAUUGGGAAAGUUCUCACUGAGGCUUAGACCUGUGGCCUUAGAGGUGCAAGGCAAGUGCGCUGACCACUUGGCUACCGAAGCCCCCAUUAGCCUGAAUGAAUAUGAUAUGCAUUUCUUCACUAGGCGAAACUUAAUCGAAGCAACAUUAAACCAAGUGAAAGGAGAACGUGGUUUGAAAAGUGAUACAUGAACACCGUUGCCUUUUACCUUAUUGGUAAGUUCUGUUGAAAUAGCAUGUAUUUGUUUUAAGUCUGUAUGGAGUUUAACCCAUUAAGCUGCAGAGCUUCCCCAUUGACGAGUAAAAUCAAUCGUCUGGCGUUAGACAAGUAAAAAAUAAGUAGGGCGUACUGGGGCUCAAUAGGUUAAUGUCAUUGAACCAGCAAAAAACAGUAUUUUAAAAUCGUACUGCUGUUGUAUUUAUAGCUUUUUAUGAUAUUUUCAAUGAUACAAACUGUGGUCUCUAGUAAAAGUGAACUUGAAAUUUCACCUUCUUUGAAUAUAGAGAUUUAUUAGACAAUUUUAUAAAAAGUACUUUUAGUUAUUUAAAUCUUAUUGUCACAUGAAUGAGCCAGAUUUGGUGCUUUCUUCACAAAUGGACCAUUUGCAUUAUAGACUAUAGAUAAUAUAGCCUUGCGAAGUUUGCCGUUUUUCAGUCAUUUUGUAUUACGCACGGGAAAUUGACAGCCCAAUCGGGUGUUGGGGCAUCAAUUUCCCGUUUGUAAUACAAAAUGACUGAAAAUUGCAAAUUUCGCAAGGCUGUAUUAUCCGCAUUCUACAACAUUUCGCAACGAAACUUUGGAAUAUUACUAAUUUUGUGAUGCUCUUUCAAGCUGUGAUGAAAUUUUUGUCUAGAUCAAAAUUUAGUCUAUAAUGCAAAUGGUCCAUUGCAUGAUUUUCUGACCUAGUAUAAUCUGGACCACGUAGCUUUUUGGUUCAUAUCUCCGCCUUUCUAAUACCCUAUCUUGCUUUAAUUUUCUCCAGAUUUUCUCCCAACUAAAGACAGAAAUGGCCUAUUUGCUGGUAAAAAUCAAAAGAAACAAACAUUAUUCUAUAGUGUCGAUUUGUAUUAGAUGUUGAUAAUGGUUUGAAACUGUUAGCGGCAGAACAUUAGCAUCUAGCAUUGUUUCUAAUAAAUACGAGGAAAUCUGGUGACGGUACAGUCGUGCAACAAUUAUUUCCUUUCUAUAAACCUGCUUCAAGGCCUCGCUUUCUUUGACUUCUGUAUAGCUCCACUACACUCUGUGUAACAUGAAGUGACAGUGCUUUCGAAACCAUGCGCUGACUAGGAAAUACUUUUGCAGAAACCUUGUUUCCGUAGCCAAUAGCCACGUUUUCUGGAAGUGGGCAAACCAGGGAACAAUGUUUCCGCAAAAGAACUCAAAACUAGGGGAUAUUCACAUGAUCCCGGUUUGCUGAAAUGGGGUGGAAGGUGGGAUGAAAAGUUAACUGAAAGAACUCAAAUGUUGUCGGGACUACGGGAAGAUCUCGUAUUUCAAGAAGACUACCAGUGCUGUUUGAACAACCUUCACGUCCUUUCGUUUACAAUUUUUUUUAUAAUCUAUCACCAGAAAAAUGUAGUUUUUCUGAAUUUUGCACCGUCACUUAUUUCAAUACAUCAAAAUCAUCUCGCUGCACCAUCUCGUCCUGGGAUCAUGUACAGCCCCUUACGAUGAAUUUUGGCCGGAAAAAAACAAAGGAUAACUAAUUUGCAAUUCAUCUAAUGUCAUCGUAUCCGGAAACUUUGGCAGUGAAAAAGUUGAUCAAGAUGAGGGGUUUUUACUAUAAAGAUAUAUUACAUUUCUGCGUAGAGUGACCCAAAUAUUACACAUACCAAAGAUCAUGUUUGGAGUUAGGAGCACUUUAUGUUUUCGAGUGAGCUGGCUUUCCAUUAGGCGAAUUUGUUCGCGCGAAGCGACUUUUUCAUUGGCCGGAAUCGCUUUUGCUUACGUGCAGGGUAAGCAACAAAAUUGCUGCAUCUUGCAACAAAAUCUGAUUUCUACGCAUGUUAAUUGGAAAUGUUGACACAUAAGUGUACAUUAUAAAUCACGACGCAACAUGUGUCAACAUUUCUACUUAACAUGCGUUGAAAUCAGAAUUUAUUGUCGUAUUACUCCAGCUUUAGUGGAGAACUGGCAUUACUGGAGCCAUAUAUACAGAACUCAGUGAGACUUGAAGCACUUCUGUAUAGGGGAAAGGGUUGUUGUGUGUACAGUACACAUACGCUUGGUGUUUUUCUCAAUUGAUUAGUAGGAAUUAUUUAUAUCCUGCUCGUUGCUAAUGUAUCUCUAGCCAGCCAUGUUGACUGAAAGUAAAAUUUAUUCCUUGUCGUAAACGCAUCUUGUUUUGUAGUGCAUUUAAGCCUUGAUCAAAUGGGGACGAGAGUUAAGCC